AGCCGCAGAACCCGGCAGCUCCACGUGGAGCGUGUUCUGGUGGGCUCUGGUGGGCGCCGCUGGGCUCUGCGCGAGGGAAUGGAGACGCCUCGAAGGAGAAGCCGCCGCCUGGAGGGGCUGGAGGCCGAGAGCCCCGCCACUCCGGCGACCCCAACUCGGAGGGCCCGCAAGGCCCGGCGCACCCUCCUGGGAUCCAAGGCCGAAGCUGCGUUAGAGCCGGUGCCGGAAGCGGCGGCGGGAGUGGGCGAAGGGGAUCCGGAGUCCCCCCAGAACCUCAGAGACCCUGGCCUGGGAUUCCUCAAGAACAGGCAUGAGGACUCGGGGUCGCCCCAGCGUCAGGGUCCAGGGUCAUCCCAGAAUCAGUCAGUGCCCUGCCCAGGGUCCCCCAAGAGCCCUCAGAGACAAGACUCGGGGUCCCCCCCUCAGAAUCAUCCAGAGCCUAGUCUGGGGUCCCCCAGGAGACAUCAGAAUCAGCAGGCCAAGGGCGCUGGAGGUGAAAGGGAGCCAGGCCUGAGACCCUCGCAAAGCCCCAAGAAGCCCUGUGUGGGGUCCCCUAAGGGUCAUGGAGCUCAGAGCUCGGGACCCCCUGGGGAUCAGGCGGAGCCCAGCCCCAGAACUCCACAGGAGCUGGACUCCAGAUCCCCCCCAGAAGCCAGCUCGCUGUCCCCCCAAAGUCUGAGAGACAAGGGAUCAGGGUCCCAUCGAGGACAGCCAGAGCCUGGCAGAGAGUGCCCCUUGGGUCAGCCUGAGCCAGUGGCCCCCAAGUCGGGAGUGCUGCCCCAGGACGGAGCUGCAGAGACGCAGCCGGGGACCCAGGCACCCCAAAGCAAGAAGAGGGGUGGCGCCCCUGCCCUCACCCCAGCCCCCAAGAAGCCCAAGCAGAAGGAGGCCCCCGCAAUUCCCAAAGGGAAGCCCAAGUCUGGCCGCGUAUGGAAGGAUCGCAACAAGAAAAGGUUUUCCCAGAUGGUCCAGGACAAGCCGCUUCGCACAUCCUGGGAGCGCAAGAUGAAGGAGCGGCAGGAGAGGAAGCUGGCCAAGGACUUUGCCCGACACCUGGAGGAGGAGAAGCAAAGACGCAAAGAGGAGAAGAAAAGGCGGCGGGCGGAGAACCUGAAGAGGCGCUUGGAGAAUGAGCGGAAGGCAGAGAUUGUCCAAGUGAUCCGGAACCCCACCAAGCUCAAGCGGGCCAAGAAAAAGCAGCUUCGGCGCAUCGAGAAGCGGGACACCUUGGCGCUUCUGCAGAAGCAGCCCCCACGGUGCCCAGUGGCCAAGGAAUGAGUGGAUGCCGGGGGCCUGGCUGUCCCUCGGCUUCUAGCCCCAGCCCUCUGGCCAUUGGCACCUCCAGGCAGCCGUGAUGGCCACCUGGACAUCAUUCCCAAGGACAGCAGGGGAGGAAGCCCAGGCUCAGACCUUGGGUACUGUGGGGAACGUGGGGGGCCUCACCCCUUGGAGCCCGAGACCUGGACAGAAGGGCUGGUGGCUGAACCAGGGGAGGGGAGCAGACUUUGUCUCUUUGUGAGCGGUAAAUAUUGUCUCCUCCCAGCUAGCCUUUCACGGCACGGACACGAGACGAGGGACACGUGCCAUUUUAUUGUCCGUCACAGGUCUUGGGGGAGGCGUGGGGGCCCGGAGGGCAUCUGGCUGCCAGCCAGGAGUGUCUGUGCCCUACACUCCAUGCCCCUGUCAUUAGGAAGCCAGGCCCGGGGUGGGGGGACACCCCUUUGCCCUCAAGACUCAAGCCCAUGGGCCGGCCCAGGGAGAAACAACAAAUCAGGGUUCCUUCUCCUCCCAGCUUGAGACAACGUUGGAGAGGACGUGGAUGGGAGGGAAGGGCUCCUUGGUGGUCCUCUGGGAAGAUCCGGGGCGGGGAGGGAAGGCCAGAAGCAUAGGAGCCGUCCCUCAGGAACCCAUGUUUUGGGUGGCCCUGUAACCUGAGGAUGUGCCCAUUCCUGGAGAAAUUGAUCCAAUAAACUCAUUACCUUUCAAAUGUUAA